UCACGGCCCCGGAGCCGUGGCUGAGCUGAUCCGGGUUAAAGGCUGGUUGUUUACCAGCUCUGGAAACUCUUAUUUUUUUUUUUUUUAUUUUUUUUUCCCUCUGUCUGCUCCUGUGGGGCAGCUCUGAAGGCACCCAUGGAGUAUGUCAGCACACGGGGAGGCUCGAGGGCUGUCGACUUCGAGGGAGCCCUCUUCUCCGGCUACGCUCCUGACGGCGGCCUCUUCAUGCCCCGGAGCAUCCCCUCACUGGACGGGGCCACCCUGCAGCGCUGGAGCCGCCUCUCCUACCCCGAGCUGGUGAAGGAGCUGUGCUCCCUCUUCAUCGCGCCCGAGCUGGUCCCGCAGAGCACGCUCAACGAUCUGAUUGACAGGGCCUUCAGCAGAUUCAGACACAAGGAUGUUGUCCAUAUGUCCAGGCUGAAAGAUGGGCUGAAUGUUCUGGAGCUCUGGCAUGGGGUUACUUAUGCUUUUAAGGAUCUGUCAUUGUCCUGCACUGGGCAGUUUUUACAGUACUUCUUGGAGAAAAAGCAGAAACACAUCACUAUUCUGGUGGGGACUUCGGGGGACACAGGGAGCUCAGCCAUCGAGAGUGUGAGAGGUCAGCAGAACAUGGACAUCUUUGUUCUGCUGCCCAAAGGGCUCUGCACGCAGAUACAGGAACUUCAGAUGACCACUGUCAUUGAAGACAACGUCCACGUCUUUGCUGCUCAUGGGAACUCCGAUCAAAUCGAUGAGCUGAUCAAGGAACUGUUCGCUGAUGUCGAUUUUUCCAGAAAAUACAAUCUGAUGAGCUUGAAUUCGGUCAACUGGUCAAGGAUUAUGGUGCAGAUUGCUCACCACUUCUAUGCUUACUUUCAGUGUGCCCCGUCCCUGGAUACCACCCCGCUGCCAGUGGUGGAAAUUGUUGUGCCAACAGGAGGGGGAGGAAAUAUCACAGCUGGCUGUAUUGCCCAGAAGAUGGGUCUUCCGAUUGAACUGGUUGCUGUGGUUAACAGCAACGACAUCAUUCACAGGGCUGUUCAGCACGGAGAUUUCUCAGCAUCAGAGCACGUGAAGGCUACGUUAGCAUCAGCCAUGGAUAUUCAGGAGCCUUGCAACGUGGAGAGGAUCCUCUGGCUGCUCUCAGGCUGUGACAGCCACCUGACAAAAGUGCUGAUGGAACAAUUCACUGCGUCGAAAAGCCUGAAGCUGCCGGAGGAUCUGCACAGGAAGCUCUCCGAGACUCUGCGCUCAAGCUCGGCAUCUGACGAGGACAUCGUGCGAGCCAUGCAGCGCUGCUGGGAGGAAAACCAGUGCCUGCUGUGCCCCCACACAGCCGUGGCUGCUCACUACCACUACUCGCAGCUGGACAGCUGUGCCAGCAGCACGCCCCGAUGUUGCUUAGCUUCAGCCUCCGCUGCCAAAUUUCAGGACGCCGUGCUGCGAGCGGGCCUGGUUCCCCAGCUCCCUCCCGAAAUCACCGCCCUGACGACGAUGGAGACCCGGUCCACAGCCCUGCGGCAGGGGGAGGACUGGGCACGAGUGCUCCGGGACCGCAUCGCAGCUGUGGUGCAGGGGUGGGAGGCACGGCGGGGUGUUUCUGUUCCCCCGGGACUGCAGGGAGUUGGCGGGCAGGUUGUCACGCAGGGCUGAGCUGUGGGGAUGUGGCUGGUGAUGCCUCCCAGGGCUCGUUCUCCAUUCCCAGGAAUUUUUGCUCAUGUGUUACACUGGGUGAGGAGCCUACACUCUCUGUACAACGAAUUAUUCGGAGAACAUACUUUGCCACUGAAUUAUAUAGACUAUUUCACAAAAUUUUUGGAAAAUAGCUCUGUAAUUAUACCCUCUUUUUCCUAUAAAUUCAUGAAAGCUGAUUGAAA